AUGCCGCUGGCACCGACGCCAAUAGUCCCGGUACCUUCUAAGCCAAAAAUCGGGUUCAGUAUUGACUCGAUAGUGGGAGGAGGAGGAGGAGGAGGACGGGAAAAUAGAUUGGAGAUCGAGAGGGAUGGAAGCCCGAUGGAAGUUGUGGAAGGCUCCUCAUCACCGAGAUUAAGAAGAGUCACCAGGUCCCCCGGUGCGCAUUCUGAAGGCUCUGACCGUCCAUUGUCCAGAAGUUCUUCUGUAGAAUCCUACCCGUCGAGGCUGAACGGCCAUCCGCACCCGGCCGCACGGCACCACCAUCAUCACCAUCUGCAAGGAUUGACUCACCUGGACUACAGCAGGACUCAGAAUAGAAGUCACAGUGGCGGCUCAACGCCUAAUAAUAGUCCGAGUCCGCCUCACAGGAUUUCCCAUGGAGAUUCUCCGGUUGGAGCACAUCCUCAGCCGCCUCCUGGGGUCGUCAGGCCUAGUCCGAACUAUCUAGGGCCGCCUCCUGGGGCGGCUACUGCUGCCGCCGUCGCUGCGGAGCAGAUCAAGUCUUUGUAUGGCCUCCAGGCGGGACACGGUGGACCUCAAGGACAAUCUGAGUAUCAUUCUCAGCAGUUUGCUCUGGCGGCUAAUUUAGCCGCGGCGCAGAACUUCCAGGCUUCGAAUCUUGCGCUAGCGUUACAAGCGCAUCAUGGUGGUGCGCCGCAUGGCUCGCCGCAUGGGCCACACAUAUUUAGUGCAGUAAAUAAUUGA